UCUUACAAUAAGAUUGAAUUGACUGUCUGGGUGUUUGUCAAAACGGUGGUGUUGCUAGCGAGCAAACAUAAGGGAUGAACACAUUUGCCUGACAUUUCCGUAUAGGACGGUGAAGCAUACACGGAGUGAGCCAAAUGGUUCUUCUUUGGCAUUUCACAUAUCGCAGAGUGUGCCCUAGAAACCAUAGCCUUUCAAGUAUAAAACGCUCUUCCUCUACUGCUGUGGCCCCUGCGGGUUCACAGAGUACUAUUCAUCUGUAGCAUCUUGAUUACUACAGUUGCGUCGCCAUUCCCAUGUCUUUCCAAGAAAGACCCUCCUCGGAUUCCUACGUUCGGGAAACAUUCCAUUAUGCGCACAGGCAGGAGACGACGUCUCUGAACCCCCCAGGCGUUCCGCCUUUUUUCGGUGUCGGACCACCAUGGUCAUUCUCCACCUCGUCCCACAUGAAUGUAGUUACUGCAUCUGAAACCGGGAUGAUACCGCCUGAUCAUCCUUUUGUCGCGGGAAGCCCUCAGAAUUUUCAGGGCAAGAUGCUAUUGCAGCGCCCUACCCCCUUCGUUGAUUGUAGCGCAUCGAGGCACGUCGAUGAUAGGUUGCCGGUGGCUUCCCCUGGCACUACGAUGUCGAAAUUUGCGAUUUCUCAAACUAUUGACAGUGGUUGGUCUACCAAUACCUAUUCACCUCCACCUCCGAAACUCGGAACAUCCCCUUACAAUUCACCCGAAUUAAUUUCACCGACUUCCCACGCGGUUGCUAGCAGCUCUUCCGUGUGGUCUGUGCAUGGACCGGUCCAUAUCGGCACCAUCCAUUCAUUGGUGGGACCAGAAGUCUUGCAUGAAGACCACAGGACUGCAACGCUGCAAGGAGGUCCGCAGCCCCUGACACAAGUACCGCACCACAUCUCAUGGUAUCCUCAAGUAGAGGUUGUGGGUAGCUCCGUGACCGCUAUGCUUCAAUCUCCUCCCCUCCGAUCGAGAUCAAUGGUGUCGACCCUUCAACCUGGAAACGCACCUCGGAGGACAGUCCCCCGGCAUCACGACACAAAUCAAGUGGGUCUCCAGACGACUGGGACGGAGCCAGCUGGCCAUGACCUCGCUUCCCAUUCACCGCUUUGGAGACGCAGAGCCUCGUGGUCGAGUUACGCCGAUAGGCCCACAAAAGCUCUGCGGUGGAACGGAUUUAUCGUCGAUGAAGAAGAUGUCAGGGAGACCAGGAACAUUAAUGGCGGUCUCAUUGACUUUUAUCUCUGCCGCUGGACGCACGCAGGGCAGGAAUGCGGUAUGCAUGUUAUGGGUGAUCGUGCCCGAUUGGCAAGGCAUAUACAGAGAUGGCAUAGGAUACACGCGGGACACGGUCAGAGACAGGUUCCUUGCCGCUGGGGCGACUGUGGAAAGCUAAUGAAGAGAGAAAACAUUGUCCGACAUAUUAUCGCCACCCAUCUCAAGAUCAAAUGGCGCUGCUCGGUGUGUCGUGCCAAGCUGUCUCGCGAUGAUGCCUCUGCGAGACACUUCGAACGCGUUAAAUCGUGCAGGAAUGGCGUUGCGACAGUUGAAAGAGGCCCAGAAGCACAGGAGGUGAAUGUUGGCGAAGUGGUCGAGUUCUAAUCAAGCCUCAGAUUGAUUGCUUGGCGAGGUUUGGACAUUUCUUCUUCUUCUUCUUUGUAUUAUAGUUCUACAUAGGUUUGCGUGUUCCAUCUGUAAGAUUACUACUUAUAUCGAAACAUUUAUGCCUGCUGCUGUCC